AUGGUCUCCAAGACUUAUACGGCUCGGGAGUUGCUGCGAAUGAGACAAGUCUCCGCAAGUAAAAACCUGUACGACAAACUGUGCCAAAAACUACACAGCGACGCUGCUUUUGGCGAGAUAUUUCGAAUGUCUCCUGAACGAGCCCUUCCCCUGAUUCAGGAGGAGGCAUCAGACAAUAUUAAUGCAGGCGACGCUGCUGUCCAAGAGUCUUCGGUUCGCCAGCUUGAUGGCACCGAUGCAGAGUGGAAAUAUCGGGGCCGAACAGAGUCUGAACAUGGAGAGCACCAUCCGAUAGGGGCUCCGGCUGGCCUUGCCGCCCAGAAAGACGAAGGUUUCCAGAGAUUUUACAAGGCAGUCGUGUCCCCAACUCACGUUCGAGUUACAGCAGGGGGCCGCAUCGUUCCCAAUACUAGGGGUUCGUCGUCGCCAACGGCCAAGUGGACAAGAGAAAAGGUUGGAGGAGAAUGCGGUUACACCCAACGUUCAGCCAGCAACGGCCACGGAGACGUGCCUAUAUAUUCCAUGCCCGCGGCCAUGUCACAUCAAGCGUUUGGAGCCUUCCCCCCUCUUUUCCCUGGUUUCUUCCCUGGUAUGCCCGCUGCCUUGGCUCACGGUGCUCCUCACCCCUUUCCCCUUACCCCUUGGCAAAUGGGCUUUGGAAUAGGAAAUUCUUUCGGCAUGGUCCAUGGCCCUGCUUCCCCGACACCAGCGGUCAAGCUUACAACAAAGUCCACCGAGACACCAGCAACAAGCGACAAGCAGGGAGAUUCUACCAACUCAGAAAGCUCCAACUCAGUCCGUAUUUCGCCGCCGGAGAACUUUGAUCCUAGCAGACCAUAUUAUGUCCACGGCCAAUGGGUCACACCUGGUGGCAGUCCGUUCUAUCCCUACGGCAUGACGCCUCUCCCAGGCUUUCCUGUUGGAGGACCUGCGAUGAUGCAACCCAGAUACACUUUGGGGACUGCGAUGCAGCCUAUGCAAGCGAAAACAGACCGGCCAAUGCAAAUACACACUCCAGUCACGUCUUCGUCGACUGCUCCCAGCUUGACUGGACACUCUGCUGUCCCGAUUUCGUCUAUUCGUCCCAGUGAAAUAACCAAGAAGCAAAUAGAGAGUCUAAGAUCUACUCUUCGAUACUAUGAAGAUCAACUACAGUACAACAAACAUCAGAUUGACGAAAAGAGCAUGGAGAAUCAAGCCGAAAUGGUUCGAGAGCAGAUUCAACAGUUUGCCAAGACCUUGAAAUCCCAACUUGACGCGGAGAAGACCCAUUAUCCCAAGUCUGAGAUUCAACAGGAAUCAUGCAGCUCAGUCCUUCAUGAAAGAGACGCAGCAUCCCCAGCAACAAACGAAGUCAAAUCGGACCGGACUUCCCGCCAGUCUUCAGUCUCUCAAACGGCCGCAGUUCAUGCGCCGUCAACAAAAGGACAGAAAGCUUAUGACUUGUACAGCAGUCGGCGCUCUUCCACCUUGAAAUCCGCGAAGUCUGCGUCUGCCCCCGUCUCUGCAAAGAUAACGCCAGAUUCGUCUGAAUCGAGUGAGCCUACCAAAAAGGCCUCUACUCUACCCGUUAAUGCUGCUCUAGCACCUCCAUUUCAUCCUCGAGGAGACAGCAGUGCUUCGGUUCCCGUACCGAUUCUCGCUCCCAUAUCCUCAGGAUCCUCGGCUCAAGACACGGGCUAUGAUCAGGGAACGAAGGACGGUCAUUCGGCAGACUCGACUAGCUCAGAGAGCUUUAAUGAAAAGCCGUAUUUGAUUGGGAGGCUGCCCGAAGACAGAAGUCUCGAAAGAGGCAAUUCACCCGGCUAUUUGUACAGCCGUGAGCUGACGGAAGACGAGUUGCGGGCUCGCCACAUGUACUGGGGCAAGGCACCUCGCCAUCUUCAGAAGGGGCUACCUAAAUUUGAUGGCAAGGACUUCUAUCCCCCCUCUCCUGUCAAACCGCAGCGUCCGACGUCAGCAUCCGGCCCCGCAGUGCAAGGUCCUCCGACUCCUCGUGGGGGUGCUGAUACCAUGGCGAAGACGUCAAAAGUCGUUGUUGACCCGUUCCGAUCUCUUGGUAGAGCUACUCAGCGUCUGUCUCGCAGUGCGCUUGGGGCUGCAACUCAGUCCGAAAACUUGACAGUCUCUGACGAAUUACUGGAAAACCAAUACAGGGACCACCAGAGCACGGGCUCGAACAGCGGGCCAGCUGGCUCUAGCUACGAUGAUUUUUGA